UUCCUAAACAAUUGUUAAUGCAGUUUAGUUUGUUGCAGACGCCAUUGCUGACGGAGUACCAUUCUUUUUUUAUUUGCCCACCAUGACUUCUCUGCACACACUCUUGCCAGACGAAAGACUUUAUAUUUCCUUUCUGCUAUGCAAUAUUUCCAAUCUCGCCAAGAGGAGCUCAUUUAUUUUACGAUUCUGAUCUACUGGGAAUCGAGGAGAUUUGAAGGCUCUAAGUUUAUGAUCAUAUUCGUGAGUUGCAGCAAUGGAAGAAACGAAGGUUGAAAUGCUCAAGAUUUCCACUGUGAUUCCGGCGGUCCCGUCGCGCAGGCAGUCCAUGUUCCUUUCCAACCUCGACCUCUUUUGGAUGCCCGUUAGCAAACCACAGAGGCUUCUUUUCUACAGAUUGUUGCCCACAAAUGAAUAUUCUUCAGUGUUAGACGGCCUGAAGAAAAGUCUCUCCUCUGUUCUGGUUCAUUUCUAUCCAUUUGCAGGACAAUUGAUCAUUGGGCAAGAAUCAGGCAGACCAGAGAUUGAUUGCAACGAUGGCGGAGUGGAAUUUGUGGAAGCAUCAAGCAAUAUAAAUUUCCAGGAUCUGGAGAAAGAGGGUUUUCAACGAAAGCCCUUUUUUAAAAGCCUUGUCCAAAUCGCGCAUCCUUUCCAGCAGCACGAAACUUACAAUACGCCCCUUCUCUCAAUUCAGGUCACAGGGUUUGAGAGGGGGGGAAUUUGCAUAGGAACAGCAUUUCAUCAUGUUGUGGCGGACGGAAAUUCGUUUUGGCAUUUCAUGAAAUCGUGGGCGGAGUGCAACAGAAAUCUCCCAAUAUCCCAAAUUCCCCACCAUAGCAGGACAGUUUUUAAAAGGGAAAACAGGGCACCGGUGGCGAUAUCCUACAAAGCUUAUCAAGGGAUUACUGGAGCACAUAUUUUCAAGUUUUCUCGAGACGAAUUGCAGGCAGAGGAUGGAAAAACAAUUAGUACCAGUGGCACUGGAAGCCAGAAAGAUGAAAAUAGUAUCUGGAAAUUGUCUGAUCAGAAAACAGAAACGAUUUACAAAACGUUCUGCUUUACAGAAGAGAUUAUCACAGCAUUGAAAGAGAGAACCAGGGCUUCUACUUCGCUUGUUGCAGUGGCUGCACAGUUCUGGAGAUGCUUAGUCAAAGCUCAGAAGAUUGCAGAGGAAGAGCCCGUUUAUUUUGGAGUGCUGGCUGAUUGCAGAGGUCGCAUGAAGCCGGCCCUGCCUCCAACAUAUUUUGGAAAUUGCUUGUGUCUGGGUGUGGCCAAAACUACAGCCGGAAAACUAUUAAAUGAGAAGGUCUGCUUCGCUGCCCGUGUUAUGGAGGAAGUUAUCAGAAGCUGCACUGCAGAAGAAGAGGUGAGUAAUAUGAUUGAGUGGGUGGAGUGUGGGAAGAGAGAUCUUCUGAGUUUGCUUGGGGAAACCCAGUGGCAGAAUGGUACAAAUGUGAUUGGUUCUCACAGGUUUCCAGCUUAUGAGAUUGAUUACGGAUGGGGGAGGGCGUUGAAUGUGCAGGCUGCCGCCAUGACUGAAAUCGGAGGCAUGUUUGUGGAUGGUGGGAAUGAUGGAAGAAGCAUUCAUGUCUCCACACGGCUACCUCCCCACCAGAUGGAAUCCUUAACUCGACUUCUGUUUCUGCAUCAAGAAUGAAUUCACAUCAGGGUUUUUGAAUCCUAUACCAGCCUCUUUCCCCUUGGGUUUAUGGAAUUUUUUUUUUUUUAAUUUGCCCAAUUGAGGAAUUUAUCAGGUCCUUGUCUACGAAGGCACCUUCACUUUUGCAUUUAGAAUAGAAGAAAAAAAUGGUUUGUUUUCUUCUUUGGUUUGAGAGAGUUUGAAGGCAAUGAUGUUCAUUAAUUUGAAGUUGGGUUUUCUUCUUUGGUUUUUAGACAAUUUGAAGGCCCAUAAAUAGGGAUGGUUGAUGUUGUUCAUUAAUUUGAAGUUGGAUUUUUUUGUUGA